AUGGUGGACAGAAAGCUUAGAAGCGAGGCCAUCACAUCGUCAUCGUCAUCAUCUUCAUUGUCGACGUCGUUAUGCGACUCGGACGCGGAAGAUUUGGAACUCAUGUCGUUGGUGCCGUCACCGUUGAUGAAGAACAAGAGAUAUCUGUCGAAGCAGUUAUCGAUGGUCGAGACGUCCCAGGACAUUGCUUGGGAAAGAAGGCGCCUCCAGAUUCUUCGUCAAGAAAGAGAACAGAAUGGGAUUAGUGAUAAUAAUAGAUUGACUGAUGAAGACCUGCAUGAACUUAAAGGGUGCAUAGAGCUCGGAUUCGGAUUCAAGGAAGAAGAAGGUCAAAAACUAACGAGCACACUGCCCGCUUUAGACCUUUAUUUCGCCGUAAACCGCCAGCUUUCCCCGAGUCCGGUUUCGACCCCUCAUAGCCAAAGUUCGUCGUCAACAUUAUCACUCGGUGAUCGGUCUUCUUCUUUCGGAAGUCCUCGAAGUGAGUCGGAUUGGAAGAUUUGUAGCCCAGGGGAAGAUCCUCAGCUAGUGAAGACAAAGCUAAGGCAUUGGGCUCAGGCGGUGGCAUGUUCUGUGAUGCAAUCAUAUUAA